UAAACAAUGUGAAAAACAAGAGAGAUAAAAAAUUAUUUACAUUCUUUUCCAACUCUUUCCCAGGCUUCUGCCUGGCUAGAAACUCCCAUUUCUCUCUUUGACUGAAUCUUAGACCCACACUGCUCCAAAUGAAUUAAUUUAGACUCAAGUUUUUUAUCAAUUAUGACUACAACCUGAUUGUUAAGAGAGGCCAUAUCUAAAACACAAUCAUUGAUACCCCAGAAAAGACUAAAAGUACUCCCAGCUGACUCAAAUCCCACUCACUUCAACAAAACAAGAUCUCAUUUCUCAACAGUAUGGGAAAACAUGGGUCCAACAUUGUACUUGGACCUUACUCCAAGAUUAGAGAGUACUUAGCAGUCUAAAAAUAUGAUCCAAAGUACUUACAUUUUUUUUCAACCUGUACUGGAAAUUACCUUCCCUUCUUUUUAAAUUAACACCUAUCCUGCUGGUAAAGUAAGUUAUUAGAUUAUUUUUUCUGCUAUGUUAAAGUCACAUUCUCAGGUGAUCACACCUCCCUGUUUUGGUUUUUUUCACUGUGCCAUUUAUUAAUUUGUGUGAGAUUUCCCCUGAAUUUCAUUUGAACUAAAAUUCCACUCAUCUUCAGUGAAGAAAAGAAGAUGAAAGUACAGCUAUGUAAGCUAUGUAUCAGUAUGGUGUGGGUGUGUCUGUGAGCCUGUAGGUUUUGUGGUGUCACCUUAUUUUAAAGGAAGUUGUCUCUUUUGUAAGAUACUAUUCAUUAGAGGUUUUUGCACAUAGCAGUAAUGUCUUUUGGUGGCCACAGGUUUACAGGCUGUAUUAAUAGAUAGGAUUAGUGAAGAAGAAUAGGUCAGAAGGCUGCAAAGCUCCUGUCCCUUGAGAUUUUCUUCUUUAGAUCAUUAGUCUUAUUGAGAGCUCCCUUGAAUACAGCAAGCAGAAACUGAGAAAAAGGCUGGAGCCAUUUUAUUCACCAAGACAUUCUGGGAAGGGUGAUUUCUGCAUCAGAAGCUCCACUGAAAAUGUCUGUUCAGUUUUCUGCACAGGCACCCUGGAGGAACAACAACAUCAGUUUUCUGACCAGAGAGGCAGCUGUAACAGAGCAAGGAGAGACUAUCAUAGGUUUCUACCUGUUGGCUCUAGGUUGGUUGUCUUGGUUUGGAAACAGCAUUGUGAUUUUUGUCCUGUAUAAACAAAGACAUGUUCUGCAGCCUACCGACUACCUCACAUUUAACUUGGCAGUGUCAGAUGCCAGCAUCUCCGUGUUUGGUUAUUCACGGGGCAUCAUUGAAAUCUUCAAUGUCUUCAGAGAUGAUGGAUUCAUUAUCACUUCAAUAUGGACUUGCCAGGUUGAUGGCUUCCUGACACUCCUCUUUGGCCUGGCUAGCAUUAAUACCCUUACAGUGAUCAGUGUGACACGCUAUAUCAAGGGCUGCCAUCCUGAGAGAGGUCACUGCAUCAGCAACAGCAGCAUGUCAGUGGCUCUGGUUCUCAUUUGGGUGGCCGCUUUCUUCUGGUCUGCAGCUCCAUUGCUUGGCUGGGGCAGUUAUACAGAUCGUAUGUAUGGCACAUGUGAGAUAGACUGGGCAAAAGCCAGCUUCUCUACAAUCUACAAGUCCUACAUCGUCUCCAUUUUCAUCUGCUGUUUUUUCCUACCUGUCACAGUCAUGGUCUUCUCAUAUGUGUCAAUCAUCAACACUGUCAAACUGAGCCAUACAUUGACAGGACUGGGUGAUCCCACAGACAGACAGAGGAGAAUAGAGCGGGACGUCACCAGGGUUUCCAUUGUCAUUUGCACAGCCUUCAUUAUUGCAUGGUCACCAUAUGCUGUCAUCUCUAUAUGGUCUGCCUAUGGUCACCCUGUGCCCAACCUUACCAGCAUCCUUGCCAGUUUGUUUGCUAAGUCUGCCAGCUUCUACAAUCCCAUUAUCUACUUUGGAAUGAGCUCCAAAUUUCGAAGGGACAUUUUCAUCUUGUUCCAUUGUGCCAAGGAACUCAAGGACCCUGUGAAGCUCAAACGUUUCAAAAACCUCAAACCAAAGCAGCCACAGCCUUCUCAGAAAGAAGAGAAAUAUGCACCAGAAAUGCACCCUGCACCCAGCCCUGAUUCCGGGGUGGGAAGCCCAACCAACUCCCCACCUCCAGCAAACAGGGAAGUGUAUUUUGGUAUUCUUGAUACACCAUCCAAUAACCCCAACAUCGAAUGUGAUAGAUUGUAAGUUUUAUGGCUGGCUGCUUAACACACACACACUUUGUGUUCAGGAAGACCCUUACAGAGCAGCGCUUGAUACUUGACUAAAUCCCAUUCCAUCUGUUCUUGAUAUAGCACUGAUGGCUAUUCAACUCAAGUAAAUCAGAUGGUAAAGUGAUAUUUUCCUUCUAUGUAGGUACAAAAUUCUCCAAAGAACAUUAAAAUGUGGGCAGCACACCCACUGCCAGAAACACUUGAUUUCACAUGCAUGCAGGAAAAGAAAGACUGACUUCAGGAGAGCAGGCAUUAGAUACCAAAAUUAACUAAUACCUUCCUAUCUAAAUUUUAUCAGUUCUGGACUACAUUUCCAAAUAUGUCUUUUGCUCAUUAACAGUAACAGCCAUAGAUGAUUGUUUUCACUCUGUGGUAUUUCACAGCCAUGGCUGUAGGAGAAGACUGGCCCUGCUGAGAUUGCUGUGGAGCUGCUACAGCUCCAAAGGCUGUAAGGUGGCAGAAAAAGUCCUGUUCCCCCUGCAGGGUACCCAGGUGUGCCCACCACAGGGCUCCCAGGCCCCACAGGCACCUCAUGAGAGUGUGUCUGAUCAUAGGAUCAGAGAAUACUUUGUGCUGGAAGGGACCUUAAACAUCAGCUCAUUCCAGCUCCGCACCAUGGACAGGGACACCUUCCACUAGACCAGGUCGCUCAGAGUCCCAUCCAGCCUGAGCCUGAAUGCUUCCAUGGAUGGUGCACACACAGCUUCCCUGGGCAACCUGUUCCAGUGUGUCACCACCCUUACAGUGGAGAAUUUCUACCUAAUAUCUAAUCGAAACCUACUGUCUUUCAGGUUAAAGUCUUUCCUCUUUGUCCUAACCCUUGUAAAAAGUCUCUCUCCAUCUUUCUUGUAGGCUCCCCUUUCGUUCUGGAAGGCUGCUCUAAGGUUUCCCCAAAGCGUCCUCCAGACUCAAGAGCCCCAGCUCCCCAGCUCUCAGCCUGUCUUCAUAGAUUGCCACCAUAGGCAUUCUCUGGUGGCCUGUGCCUGACUCUGUGUGUGUCUAUGCAAGGACUAGGAGUUGUUAUAUAUUGACAAUACUAGUCUGGUAUUUUCUAGUCAUUGUAGUCUGAGCAGUGGCUUCAUCAUUUCCUCAUUGGUUUGCAGAGUUUUUUCCACCCCCACUGACCUUUCUGGUGAGCAGGGCCUGGCUGUGGCAUUCUGAUUCAGGAAAGCUGAUUUGAUUUUACUGAUUGGUCUCCAAACUGAUUGUUUUUCUACCUUCCUCUGAAGGUGGAGCAAGAGAUGUACAGAUAAUGAAACCAAAACUGACUUAGGGUUUAAGAGUACUGAUGAAGUAUGGCAUCAGAGCUAUUUACAAAAUAUAAUCCAACACUUCACUUUUGCUUCAAAAUAAAGUGUUGUUAUCUGCCUAUGGGUAAAAAAAGUGACUUUUUUUUAAACCAAACUAAGUAGGAAUUAAGGAGAGUGAUUUAAAUUAUUUAGUAGACCUAAAUCAGUUGCCAGACUACCAGAUGUUACAAUAUCCAGUUAUAUUACCAAGUUGUUUUUUUUUUUUUUACAGAAUCAGAAUGAGGAGAUAUGUUUUCAUAAUUCCCUAUCUUGUAAAUUAACUGCAUACCCAAAGAAUUCUUUUAAAAAUGUCUCUGUGUUAGCCAUUGAAAUUUUGGGUUCAUUUAGUGCCAUUUGCAACUUAAACAGGGAAAAAUUAAAAAAGAAAAAAAAACAGCAACACUCUUUGCUAACCUCUGCUAUUUAGAAACUUUUAAAACCUUGUUUUCUGGGUAUGCUGAAAUGUAGUUGUUUCGCAAAAAUAUGCCCUUGAUGUGUUUCUUGGGAAAGUUGCUGAGAGAGCCCACCUCCAUUCACCCAUUACUCUAUUUGUUUUGAGAAAAUCACCUGUGUUUUGAAGUUAAAAACAAAUAAACAAUAUAAAG